AUAAGCAUUAUACUGUAGUAGCAGUGAAGAACUAAUUUUGGCAGCCAUAUGGAGGAUGAUAAUAAAACCACCUACAAAUACAAGGAUUAUUACAAGGUUCUUGAAGUAGAAUAUGAUGCAUCAGAUGAGAAGAUCAGAUUAAACUAUAGGAAACUUGCACUGAAGUGGCAUCCUGACAAACACAAGUGUAAUGAUGCAGCAACCACUAAAUUUCAAGAGAUUAAUGAAGCUUAUUCGGUGUUAAGUGAUCCUGAUAAGAGACUUGACUAUGAUCUAAAUGGAAACUAUGAGAUAAAUAAUUAUACCUUGCCAGAAUAUCUAGCCAGAUUCAAAGGGAUGAUUCUUACCUGUAAUGGGCUUGGUAUGAGUCAGGAUUCAGUCUGGUCAGAGCAAUUAACAGAAUUUAACAAGUUGACGGACAAAUGAAAGUUGGUGGUCAUCUUUUUUCUCGUCUUCACAUUCAUCGUCUUUCCUAUGGUACCCUCCUUACCCCUCCCAGAUGUUAAUGGUAGUAACCUUCUGUUAUCAAUGAGAUUCAUGUCCUAAACUUGAACAUUCAUCAUCUCGCUCGAAGGUUAUCCAGAGCAACCAUGUUGUAUGUUAACUGAACAGGAUAUCUGUACCAAAUAUGUCUAUGCAACUCAGACAAUUUUUACAGUGAUCAUGAUUUUGGUCUUUACUGAGAUCUCUUGUAAAAUGUAGGUUCUGAAACAAGGUUGUAUCAAUUCACAUGUAAUAUUGAAGAUUGAAUCUCACAGAAGUUGACAUAUUAACAAAAAUUGAUGUCAGAAGCUACUACUUUUUAGUAUAUAGAAAGUCUCAUCUUUAUUCUUCUUU